UCGCCACCAUUGCUCCCUCACCGAUUAUCAACUCCAUCAACAACACCAUGAACGGCCAAAGCUAUGAAUUGAAUCAUACAAAUGGCGACAUCAUCUCACAGAACCAACAGAAAGGUUGGUGGACCAUUGGCCUGAUCAAUGGGCAGCAUCGUUAUAUGACAGCCGAAACAUUCGGCUAUAAGUUGAAUGCGAACGGUGCCAGCCUGAAGAAGAAACAAUUGUGGACGCUGGAGCCAUCGAAUACAGGAGAAAGUAUUAUCUACUUAAGAUCUCAUCUCAAUAAAUAUCUCUCAGUUGAUACGUUCGGUAAUGUCCUCUGUGAAUCGGAUGAACGUGAUGCCGGUAGUCGGUUUCAAAUUAGCAUUGCCGAAGAUGGCACCGGUCGUUGGGCAUUGAAAAAUGAAUCACGUGGUUACUUUUUGGGUGGUACCCCCGAUAAGUUGGAAUGUACUGCCAAGACUCCGGGUAAUGCUGAAUUUUGGACAGUGCAUUUGGCCGCUAGGCCUCAGGUGAAUUUACGUUCGAUUGGACGUAAACGUUUCGCCCAUCUGUCCGAAUCGCAAGAUGAAAUUCAUGUUGACUCGAAUAUUCCCUGGGGCGAGGAUACUCUGUUCACUUUGGAAUUCCGUCAGGAGGAGGGUGGACGUUAUGCCUUGCAUACCUGCAAUAAUAAAUAUUUGAAUGCCAAUGGAAAAUUGCAAAAUGCCUGCAAUGAAGAUUGUCUGUUCAGCGCUGAGUACCAUGGUGGUCACUUGGCUUUGAGGGAUAGACAAGGACAAUAUCUCUCACCCAUUGGUUCUAAGGCUGUGCUUAAAUCUCGCUCUUCCACUGUGACACGUGACGAGUUAUUCUCGUUGGAAGAUUCUCUGCCCCAGGCCUCGUUUAUUGCCGCCAUGAAUUUACGUUAUGUCUCGGUGAAACAGGGUGUCGAUGUCACCGCCAAUCAGGAUGAAAUUGGUGAAAAUGAAACAUUCCAAUUGGAAUUCGAUUGGUCGGCCCAUCGUUGGGCUCUACGCACCACUCAAGAUCGUUAUUGGAGUCUAACGGCUGGUGGUGGUAUUCAGGCCACAGGAAAUCGUCGCUGUGCUGAUGCCCUCUUCGAAUUGAUAUGGCAUGGUGAUGGUUCCCUAUCGUUCCGUGCUAAUAAUGGCAAAUUCCUGGCCACAAAACGUUCCGGUCACUUGUUUGCCACUUCGGAGAGUAUUGAGGAUAUAACUAAAUUCUAUUUCUAUUUGAUUAAUAGACCCAUUUUGGUACUUAAAUGCGAACAGGGCUUUGUGGGCUACCGCCAGCCGGGUAACACCAAAUUGGAAUGCAACAAGGCCACAUAUGAAACCAUUUUGGUGGAACGGGCCCAAAAGGGUCUGGUCUAUUUCAAGGGCCAUGGUGGCAAGUAUUGGCGCAUUGAUGGCGAGGGCAUAUCCGUGGACUCUGAUGCCCCAGCUGAUGGUUUCUAUUUGGAAUUGCGUGAACCAACUAGAAUUUGUAUUAGAUCCGAAAAUGGCAAAUAUUUAGGAGCUACUAAAAAUGGAGCAUUCAAACUAUUGGAUGAUGGCAAUGAUGUGGCCACACAAUGGGAAUUUUAAA